AUGUCUUCCUGCAUCUUCGGAAAGCACCGGACGCCGCUCGAGAUCUACGGCCAAUCGUUGCCCAAUGAUGCAGACGCUGCUCCGAUGCACUUCCCCAUGUACACUGUAGCUGCGGAUGUGCUGCUGAAGAUGACGAGGGUCGAGCCCCACCAGAUGUUGAAGGUCAGGGGGGAGCUCGUCGUCUUCAGUGACGACUUGGGCAAGGCGGCGUUCGUUUCACAUCAGUGGCUUGCCAAAGACCACCCAGAUCCGGAUUUCAAGCAGAUGCGUACCUUGCAGAAUGCCUUGAACCGCAUCCGCAGCAGCUCUGGAUCUCUUUCGCUCGAUUUCGUUACAGAAGGCGUUGUCCAAACGGCCAAGCCUCUUCCUUUGCUGGAUUUCCAGGUGCAGUCGUUGUAUUUCUGGUACGACUAUUUCUCAUGCCCGCAGAUGCAUUGUCAAGGCAAAGCAUGCGACGAGACGGAGCACCUUCACUUAGCUAGAGCCAUCAGCAGCAUACCCGGCUACAUCAGUAACUGCCACUUCUUUUUUGCCCUUUGUCCGGUGGUCGACUGCCCCUUGCAGGGCAAGGUGCUCACAGCAAGGACCUGGAGCAGUAGGGGUUGGUGCUGCCUAGAACGAGCCGCACGCGAGCUUUCCCCAAACAGCACUUGGAUUCUCAUCCAGAGCGAAGCCUCCAUUGAAGUUGUUGGGACAGUGUGGUCCUUUCCGACCGGCCCGGUUGGGGAAGGCGACUUCGAGAUCGAGGAGGAUCGACAGAAGCUGGCUCCCGUGAUGCGGCAGAUCUGA